CAGCGCGGACGCUCCGCGGCUCACAGAGAGAGCGCGUCCUGGGGAGUCGGCGCCUAGGCGACGCGGAAAGGCGCCACCACCGCCGCCGCUGGCCAAGGUGCUGGACACCACAGGCCCAUCGACUGCUUCGCCAGGUCAGGCCCCGUUUGCCGCAGCCUCUGCUGCCUCGCUUCCAGCCAGGUCCCCAUGGAAGAGAUGGAAGAAGAGUUAAAAUGCCCCGUGUGUGGCUCCUUCUAUCGGGAGCCCAUCAUCCUGCCCUGCUCUCACAAUUUAUGCCAGGCUUGCGCCCGCAACAUCCUGGUGCAGACCCCGGAGUCCGAGUCCCCCCAGAGCCGCCGGGCCUCGGGCUCUGGGGUUUCUGACUAUGACUAUCUGGACCUGGACAAGAUGAGCCUUUACAGCGAGGCGGACAGCGGCUAUGGCUCCUACGGAGGUUUCGCCAGCGCCCCCACUACCCCGUGCCAGAAGUCGCCCAACGGCGUCCGUGUUUUCCCCCCUGCUAUGCCGCCACCGCCCACCCACCUGUCACCGGCUUUGGCCCCUGUGCCCCGCAACUCCUGCAUUACCUGCCCCCAGUGCCACCGCAGCCUCAUUCUGGAUGACCGGGGGCUCCGCGGCUUCCCCAAGAACCGCGUCCUGGAAGGGGUCAUCGACCGCUACCAACAGAGCAAAGCCGCGGCCCUCAAGUGCCAGCUCUGUGAGAAGGCGCCCAAGGAAGCCACGGUCAUGUGCGAACAGUGCGAUGUCUUCUACUGCGACCCUUGCCGUCUACGCUGCCACCCACCGAGGGGUCCCCUAGCCAAACACCGUCUGGUGCCCCCGGCCCAGGGUCGCGUAAGCCGACGGCUGAGCCCGCGCAAGGUCUCCACCUGCACAGACCACGAGCUGGAGAACCACAGCAUGUACUGCGUGCAAUGCAAGAUGCCGGUGUGCUACCAGUGCUUGGAGGAGGGCAAACACUCCAGCCACGAAGUCAAGGCUUUGGGGGCUAUGUGGAAAUUGCACAAGAGCCAGCUUUCCCAGGCGCUGAAUGGAUUGUCAGAUAGAGCCAAAGAAGCCAAGGAGUUCCUGGUGCAACUCCGCACCAUGGUGCAACAAAUCCAGGAAAACAGUGUGGAGUUUGAAGCCUGCCUGGUGGCUCAGUGCGAUGCUCUCAUUGAUGCCCUAAACCGAAGGAAGGCUCAGCUGCUGGCCCGGGUCAACAAGGAACAUGAACACAAGCUGAAGGUGGUCCGGGACCAGAUCUCCCAUUGCACAGUGAAACUGCGCCAGACCACGGGCCUCAUGGAGUACUGCUUGGAAGUGAUUAAGGAGAACGACCCCAGUGGCUUCCUGCAGAUUUCAGAUGCCCUCAUCAGACGAGUUCACUUAACUGAGGACCAGUGGGGAAAAGGCACACUCACUCCCAGGAUGACCACGGACUUCGACCUGAGCCUGGACAACAGUCCUCUGCUACAGUCCAUCCACCAGCUGGACUUCGUGCAAGUGAAAGCUUCCUCUCCAGUCCCAGCAACCCCCAUCCUCCAGCUGGAGGAGUGUUGCACCCACAACAACAGUGCUACACUGUCCUGGAAACAGCCCCCUCUGUCCACUGUGGCCGCCGAUGGCUACAUUCUGGAGCUGGAUGAUGGCAGUGGUGGUCAGUUCCGGGAAGUGUAUGUUGGAAAAGAAACAAUGUGCACAGUGGACGGCCUUCACUUCAACAGCACAUACAACGCCCGCGUUAAGGCCUUCAACAAAACAGGAGUCAGCCCCUACAGCAAGACACUGGUCCUCCAGACGUCUGAGGUGGCGUGGUUUGCGUUUGACCCCGGCUCGGCACACUCUGACAUCAUCUUCUCCAAUGACAACCUGACAGUGACAUGCAGUAGCUACGAUGACCGGGUGGUGCUGGGGAAAACUGGCUUCUCCAAGGGCGUCCACUACUGGGAGCUGACCAUAGAUCGCUAUGACAACCACCCUGAUCCAGCAUUUGGCGUGGCUCGCAUCGAUGUGAUGAAGGAUAUGAUGUUAGGAAAGGACGACAAGGCUUGGGCAAUGUAUGUGGACAAUAACCGGAGCUGGUUCAUGCACAACAACUCGCACACCAACAGAACUGAAGGAGGGAUCACAAAAGGGGCCACUAUCGGGGUCCUCCUCGACUUAAACAGAAAGACAUUAACGUUUUUCGUCAACAAUGAACAGCAAGGCCCCAUAGCCUUUGAGAAUGUGGAGGGCCUGUUCUUUCCCGCCGUCAGCCUGAACAGGAAUGUACAGGUCACGCUUCACACUGGGCUUCCGGUCCCCGACUUCUACUCCAGCAGAGCUUCCAUAGCCUAAGGGUGAGCUGUGGAGGCACUGGCUGUCCCUGAGAAGGACAGCCCGGAGCCUGCAGCUUCAGCAGAGGACACAGAGCCGGUAGAAGAAUGAGAACAGCUGGUCCUCAGCCAUCUCCACCCUUAGAGCUCCACCCUUUCCCAUCAGCCUCUCCUCCGCAUCGCUGAACCCAGGCUCCCUUCCUCACCCAGAAACUCUACCCGCGCAGAGGAGCUCCGCAGCCCACGCUCCCGUUUGUUCCCACUUCCAUGUGCUGUUUUUCUUUAAUUUAGUGGGUUUUUGUUGUUUGUUUGUUUGUUUUCGUUUUAAUGUAGGUUGAAUUCAUUUUGAUUCUUUUCUGAUUGGGUUUUGGUGACUUACGUACACUACCUGGCACUGUCAAAAGACAUUCUCCUGGAAACUUUUUUUCUUAAGCGUUUGGACAAGCAAAGGUGUUCUAGGAGAGCAGGUAGGAAAGAAGCCGAAUUUAGAGUUUGCCAUUUGACUCCUAGAAUGUUCUUGCCCUGGUUCUUGUCAAGCAAUGUUAGCUCUUCGUGGCUACUUCUUGGUAGGUGGGCAGAAGUGCAUUUGGCAUCCAGAAGUCUUACUACACCCUGAAGCACAAAUACAUCGUCUACACUGGCUCAUGGCAGGGUAAGGACCUUCCAGACAGGCUCUGGGUACCGGGAAGACCAGGUGGCCCAAUGGUUUGAUUCAUUUGACUAAUACAAGUUUUUCAUUAAGAACUACUACGGACCAGGCACUGUUCAAGACACUAGAAUGCUGUGUUCAUGAGCAGUCUGCCUUCCUGGAAUUUAUAUUCUAUGUAACAAAGCAACAGAUAACUUCAAGUUGUUCUAAGUACCAGAAAGGAGAGGAGUCAAAGGAGGUGUCACUGACAAACCCUCAGACUGACGCUGAACCCACACACUCCGGCCAUCACACAGACAUGUACCAACCCAGUGCUUUUCCCACCGCACUACCGUAACUAGGGUCUCUGCUGCCACUCACCGCAGAGCCCUUCCUUAGCAGAAAUGAUGUCAGCAUUGUUACUCAUUAGUGCUGUGCUCAGAACAAGCCUUAAAAACCAGAAUGUUAAAAAACAACACGACCAGAGGGCACAGGACCCAGCCACAACCCUGGGCCUCCCGAGUUGCAAACCACAACAUUUACAUCCUCAGGAUAAACAUGACAUCUCCAUGUAUACUCUCUGUGCCUGUUACAAAUGAGACUCCAUCUGCUCACCGCUGUCACAGCCUGACUUUCUAAAGAAGCUCAAAUCGGGUUUGGAACAGCGUAAGUGUGGACGUCAUUCCUGGCAUUGACAGAAGCCUAACCACGCUUACGACUCUUAACGGAGUAGAUACCCUUCAGAUGCUUCCGUUUGACAUGAAGCUUUAGAGAAUGCAGGACCUGGGGGCGGGGACUUCUGAUUAGUUGUGUAAAUACUUUCCACUGAGCCAAGAAACCCACCAGUAGAACAGUAACCGACAGAGGUGGGACGGGACAGCCACAGUGCUUUGGCAAAGAGUAAUCUAUGUAAAUAGCUCAUCCUCUGCCCAUGUGCUCCCUCUAGAUCAUCUCUGUCUUUGUGUUUUUCUAGUUAGAACCUAAUUUACUGAAUGGGUGCUAUCCUGUCUAUGUCUGUCUCGGGUUCCUGUGACUACAGAACACUCUCGUGGGACUAUACUCGUUUGAUCUUUGAUUGUUCCGAUGAGACUCCAUGGCUGGGCCGCUAGUUACUCCCUUGAUUAAAUCCAUCCCCCUGGUUAGAGUUCUAGUGACUUAUAUCAAAUAGUUUACACUGAACUACAACUAUAGAUGCAUAUAACUGCUGUACUAGGAGAGAAAGGUCAUCCUCGGUAUGCCAAUAAAGCAUUUUUAUGAGAGGAAAAA